UAUGGUGCUAUGGAGGAGCCUAGGACUAACCCUCAGCCGUACUUGGGGCUAGUCUUGGAGUUGCUGCGCAGGGUUGUGGCAGCACUGCCUGAAGGUAUGAGACCAGAUUCUCAUCCUUAUGAUUUCCCGUGGGAAUUAGUGAUAUGGCCAGCUGUUGUGGGAUUUUUUGCUGUUCUCUUCUUGUGGAGAAGUUUUAGAUCAGUUACGAGUCGGCUUUAUGUGAGAAGAGAGAAAAAGUUUGCUGUGGCACUUUCUGGACUAAUUGAAGAAAAAUGUAAACUACUUGAAAAAUUUAGCCUUGUUCAAAAAGAGUAUGAAGGCUAUGAAGUAGAGUCUUCUUUAAAGGAUGCCAGCUUUGAGAAAGAGACAACAGAAGCACAACGUUUGGAGGCAACCUGUGAAAAGCUGAACAGGUUCAAUUCUGAACUUCAGCAUGAUAUACUCUGUCUAGCAAAAGAGUUAAAAGAAGAGAAAUCUAAACAUUCUGAACAAAAUGAAUUGAUGGCAGAUACUUCCAAAAGGAUACAGUCGCUAGAAGAUGAGUCAAAACCCCUCAAAUCACAAGUAGCUGAAGCCAAAAUGAACUUCAAGAGAUUUCAAAUGAAUGAAGAACGACUGCAGAUAGAAAUACAAGAUGCUUUGAAUGAAAAUUCUCAACUUGAGGAAAACCAGAAACAGUUUUUGCAAGAAGCUGAAGUAUGGAAAGAACAAGUGCGUGAACUUAUUAAACAGAAAAGAGCAUUUGAAGACUCCAAAGUACACGCAGAACAAGUUUUAAAUGAUAAAGAAAAUCACAUCAGGACUCUGGCUGAACGCUUGCUAAAGAUGAAAGAUCCGACUGCUACGCUUGGAGAAGACAUGACGGAUGAUGGUAACUUGGAAUCAGAAAUGAACAAUGAAUCGGAAGAUGGUGCUUACUUAGAUAAUCCUCCAAAAGGAGCUUUGAAGAAACUGAUUCAUACUGCUAAGUUAUGGGGUUCUUUAAAAACCUUAGAAGGAGAAAGAAACCAAAUUUAUAUUCAAUUAUCUGAAGUUGAUAAAACAAAGGAAGAGCUUACAGAGCAUGUUAAAAAUCUUCAGACUGAACAAGCAUCUUUGCAGUCAGAAAGCACACAUUUUGAAAGUGAGAAUCAGAAACUUCAACAGAAACUUAAAGUAAUGACUGAAUUGUGUCAAGAAAAUGAAACCAAACUCUACAGGAAAUUAAUAGUAGAGGAAAAAUGCCGGUUAGAGAAAGAAGAGAAACUUUCUAAAGCAGACGAAAUAAUCAGCCAUGCCACUGAAGAGCUGGAGACCUACAGAAAGCAAGCCAAAGAUCUUGAAGAAUUUGAGAGAACUCUUCAUUUUUAUCGAAGGAAGAGUAUUCUCCAAAAGAAAAAAGCACAUAAUAAUUGGUUGGCAGCUUGGACUGCAGAAAGAAACCUCAAUUAUUUCAGGAAAGUAAAUGCUCACAACAGACAAAAAUUAACUGAUAUGGAAUUUAAAAUAAAACUUUUAGAAAAAGAUCAUCGUGCACUUGAUGUUCCAAAUACAGCAUUUGGCAGAGAGCAUUUCCCAUAUGCUCCCUCACCACUGGGUCGGCCUUCAUCUGAAAUGAGAGCUUUUCUCUAUUCUCCGACUUUGCUGGAGGGUCCACUGAGACGCUCACCUUUGCUUCCAAGGGGAGGAGGAAGAGGCUCAGGAGGCCCAGGGAAUCCUCUGGACCGUCAGAUGACCAAUGAAAGAGGAGAAGCAAGCUGUGAUAGGUUCACCAGUCCUCACAGGGCUCCUUCUGGCACUGGGCCCCUGUCACCUCCGUGGGAACAGGACCGUAGGAUGGUGUUUCCUCCACCGGGACAGUCAUAUCCUGAUUCAGCUCUUCCGCCACAAAGGCAAGACAGAUUUCAUUCUAAUUCUGCUAGAUGCUCUGGACCAGCAGAACUCAGAAGUUUUAAUACACCUUCUUUGGAACCCAGGAAAGAACGGAACGUCACAAUUAUACCACCACAGUGA